AACUUCCUGAGAACUGGACAGACAUGACGGAGACUGUUGUAGAUGGCAUGACCUUUAACCUCCGUCACCUAGGCAUGACCCUGGUGGAUCAGCCCAAAGGAGAGGACCUAUCAGCAGCUGCUGUCAAGAGGAUUGUUGCCAUGGUGAGCUGUGAUGUCAUACAGGAAGUAGGAGAGACUGGAAAUUCAAAGGACAGGAAGUUCCUAAGCACAUGAUGUAGAUUAUGAUUAUUUCUGGAGUGGCUCUUGAUUGCUUCUGCUCUCAAGAACAGCAUUUUUUUUGUUAAGUACUUUAAGAUGACUGAAUAACGUGGCCUGCUCUUUAGAAAACAAUUGUUAGUUAUCUCACCCUUAUUGGUAUCAUUUAUAUUGUUGAUCAUAUUUUAUCUUAGAUCUAUUAUCAGUAAGCAUUGCUCUAUGAUGAUAUAUCUUUUGUGAAAUUUUAAGAUCUUCAUAAAUGAUCUUCAUCUCUCAUUAUUGUCAUUAUAAUAAUCUCUUAUUGAUCCAGGCCAAAGCCAUUAGGAAAAUUUGAUUUGUAAUGAAUCAAUGUUCUCUGUCAUCAACUCUAUCCUCUCCAGGCCAAAGCGGGAGGUAAGAAGCCUCAGAAGGUGUCUCUGAAGGUUUCUCCUCAGGGUAUUAUGCUUUACGACAGUCUGACCAACCAGCUACUAGACAACAUCUCCAUAUACAGGUAGGGGUGUGUGCUGUGCAUCGUGGUUGCAAAUUUAAAAAAACAUAUGACCUACUUAUUGUUUUUCUAUGGAGGAGAAACCUGAGAGGGGGAGGUUGGAAGGAGAGGGGGAGGUUGGAAGGAGAGGGGGAGGUUGGAAGGAGAGGGGGAGGUUGGAAGGAGAGGCGGUGGUUGGAAGGAGUGGCGGUGGUUGGAAGGAGUGGCGGUGGUUGGAAGGAGUGGCGGAGGUUGGAAGGAGUGGCGGAGGUUGGAAGGAGUGGCGGAGGUUGGAAGGAGUGGCGGAGGUUGGAAGGAGAUAUGGGGGAGGAGUAGGGGAGGUGGGAAAGAGGAAUGUUUUGGAAAAUACAGCUCCCUACAGGAGACCUGAUCUGCUCCCUACAGGAGACCUGAUCUGCUCCCUACAGGAGACCUGAUCUGCUCCCUACAGGAGACCUGAUCUGCUCCCUACAGGAGACCUGAUCUGCUCCCUACAGGAGACCUGAUCUAGGCAGAGCUGGGUGGCCACACACACACACACACACUCAGCCGGAAUGUUUGUUCCCAUACAUUGACCAAGCUUUUAUGGCAUCCUGGUUUGUCACAGAGGACACUUGCCAUUUGAACCAUAACUGUGACCUCUCUGACUUUAUUUUGCCCUCUGACCUUUAACCUUUGCCCUGUGUCCUGCAGGAUAUCCUACUGCACGGCGGACAAGCUGCACGACAAGGUGUUUGCCUACAUCUCCCAGAACACCCUCAACGGAACACUGGAGUGCCACGCCUACCUCUGCUCCAAGAGGACAGUGGUGAGUCUGAACUGGCACACAACAACCCCUAUAAUCUGAAAGGACUGGAUGGGUGUAAGCAAUAUUCUAAUGGCUCUGCUUAGUCUACAGGAGGUCUAACUGGAGUUUUUAGCUGUCCAGCUGUCUUUCAGAUCUGUGAACACUAAAGGGUUAGGGGUUAGACACAGAAAUGCAUCCAAGCCAUAGAACAGGGUUGAACAACCCUCCUACUAUAACUACAGGUGUGCAGGGUUUUGUUCCAGUUCUGCUCUAACACAGCUGACUCUGCUAAUUAGCUGCUCAACAGGACUUUGAGCAGCUGAAUUGGGCGUAUUGGAGCAGGGCUGGAACAAAAGCCUGCCUUUUAGAACAUGUUAUGCGUUUGCCUCCAAGAUAACCGUUCCCCAAUCCCCCCACAUGUGACUGUAGACUUGUUCUGUUUCUCAUUCCCCCCAGGAGAAAACAUUAGGUUUCACUCCUCCUUGUUCUCCUUCAACUUCCUGUGUUGCUGGGACUCCUCUCGUCUUCCCUCCUAACUCACCCUGCCGUCUCUCUCGUAUAACCCAGUACUCUCUUUCACAAGGCUUUCUCCCCCCCCUCUCUCUGCAGGAGAGGAGGAGAGCGAUUGGAUACUUAUGACCUUUGACUGUCCGCAAACACUGUAGCACUCCUAACUGUGUGUGAAUGUAACCACAGUGGUGCAUUUAUAUGCUUUGCUACUGACAAAAUAAUUUGUUACAGGCGAUCAAGGUUGACAAGGUCGUUGAAAGUAAACGAUGCCGGUGAUAUUUUACAUCUAGAUGUCAAUGUAUGGUUCGAUAAAGUCGUCUUUUAAAACGUUCUCUCUUUGGCCCCAAGGGUAGCUCCAAUGACAGUGGCUUUGACUGU